UUUCUUUCUCAAUUUUUUCUGUCUUCACAUGAACCCAAAUGAAUUUCCACAUUCCUCGGCGUUUUGAACCCAAAAUCUCAGCUUUAGGCCGCAGAUUUGUCUCAUCCCUUCCAGUACGUGAAAACCCAUCAAUUUUUUGCGACCAAAAUGUUAAUAAUGUCACCAAACCGAACCCUUUUCACAUCCUUAAGGACCCCAACAAGCCAAGAAAAGUCAAGCUUAAAGAUACUAAAAUCGUUCACGCAAAUUUACUGAGAACCCAUGAUCUUUACUUGGAUAUGUUUCGAACAAAUUAUUUGCUUGAUUGUUACUUCGAAUGUGGUAGUACAAAAUAUGCAUUUAACUUAUUUGAUGAAAUUCCUGACCCAAAUUCUGUUUCUUGGAAUUUGAUGUUGUCUGGUUGUAACAAAAAUAUGUUGUUUGAGGACUCAUGGAGGUCUUUUUGUGAGAUGCAUCGGUUUGGUUUGGAAAUGGGGGAGUAUACUUAUGGGAGUGUGUUUUCUGCGUGUGGAGCUUUGGGAUGCGUGCUGCAGGGAGAGCAAAUUUAUGGGAUUUCGAUAAAAAAGGGAUUUUUUUCGAAUGGGUAUGUCAGGGUUGGAAUGAUGGGUCUGUUUUCGGAGAGUGGUAGGUUUGACAAUGCUUUGAGGGUAUUUUAUGAUGUUCCUUGUGACAAUGUGGCUUGUUGGAACGCUAUUAUUUCCGGAGCCGUGAAAAAUAUGGAGUAUUGGGUUGCUUUGGAUAUUUUUAGUAACAUGUGCCAUCGGCUAAUCAUGCCUAAUGAAUUUACUAUUUCAAGUGUUGUAACUGCUUGUGCUGCUCUUAAAGAUUUUGAUUUUGGUAGAGGGGUUCAAGCAUGGAUGAUUAAGUGUGGUAUAAAAGAAGAUGUUUUCUUAGGCACUGCUAUUCUUAGUUUUUAUGCUAAAUCUGGGUGUAUGGAUGAUGCUGUUAGACAAUUCUGGUUCAUGCCUGUCCGCAAUGUUGUUUCAUGGACUACUAUGAUCUCUGGUUUUGCUCAGAAUGGUGAUUUUGUAUCUGCUGUUGAAUUCUUUAGGCAAAUGAGAAAUAUGAAUGUGGACAUUAAUCAGUACACUAUCACAAGUGUUCUUAUUGCUUGCGCAAAUCCUGAUGCAGUUAAGGAGGCAAUUCAAAUUCAUUGUUGGAUUUUUAAAACUGGGUUCUACUCAGACUCAGUGGUGAAAGCUUCUUUGAUCAAUUUGUAUGCUAAGAUUGGAGCAAUUGAUGCAUCUGAGAUAGUUUUUCUAGAGAGUGAAGGUAUGAAGCACCUGAGUACCUGUGGUACAAUGAUUUCUGCUUUUGCUCAGCACAAAAGUUCCAAACAGGCCGUUAAUUUGUUUCAUAGAAUGCUCCAGGAGGAUGUCAAACCUGAUAAGUUCUGUACCACUAGUGUCUUAGGUAUUAUUGACUCUCUAAAUAUGGGGAGACAGAUCCAUACCUAUACCAUUAAGACUGGGCUAGUUUUUGAUGUUUCUGCGGGCAGUUCUCUUUUCACAAUGUAUUCCAAGUGUGGGAGCUUAGAAGAGUCUUAUAAUGUCUUUAAUCUACUUGAACGCAAAGAUACCAUUUCAUGGGCCUUAAUGAUUACCGGUUUUGUUCAAAAUGGCAGUGCAACUAAAGCCAUUUAUUGUUUUAGAGAGAUGUUAUCUGAAGAAAUUGUGCCUAAUGAGAUGACUUUAACUGCCAUUCUCACUGCAUGUUCUGCUCUUUGUUUGUUAAGGACUGGGAGAGAAGUACAUGGAUUCAGUCUUCGGAACUAUAUGGGCGACCAAGCCUCCGUAGGCAGUGCACUGGUUAGUAUGUACUCAAAAUGUGGCAUUCUAAGCUCUGCAAGGAGAGUGUUUGACAUGAUUCCCAGAAAGGACCAGUUCAUGGGUUCUGCUAUGGUUUCUGGGUAUGCACAAGGUGGUCACCCUGAGGAGGCAAUUCACCUCUUCUGUGAUAUGCUUGUCGAUGGUUUGGUUAUUGAUGCCUUCACAUUGUCAGGCGUCAUUGGAUGCCUUGCAGAUUUAGGUAGAUUAGGCAUUGGUAGUCAAAUUCAUGCCCUGGUCAUUAAAAUGGGUUUUGAGUCUGAAGUAUCUGUUGGAAGUUCACUGCUUGUUAUGUACUCAAAAAUUGGAAGUAUUGAGGAUUGCCGUAAAGCAUUCCAACAAAUUAAGGCACCUGACAUUAUUAGCUGGACAGCCUUGAUUGCAAGCUAUGCUCGACAUGGAAAAGGGACAGAGGCUUUACAAAUUUAUGAACUCAUGAAAGAGUCAGGUACCAACCCUGAUUCAGUGACAUUUGUUGCUGUUCUAUCAGCGUGUAGUCAUUGUGGUUUGAUUGAAGAAGGAUUCUUUCAUUUUUCUUCAAUGAAGAAGGACUAUGGAAUUGAGCCCGGUUAUAGACAUUAUUCCUGCAUGGUGGAUCUUCUUGGUCGUGCAGGAAGAUUGAAGGAUGCUGAAAGCUUUAUCACUUCCAUGCCAAUAACACCUGAUGCACUCAUAUGGGGAACACUACUGGCUUCUUGCAAAGUACACGGUGACGUGGAUCUUGCGAAGCUAGCAGCUGAAAAGGUCAUGGAGUUGGAGACACAUGAAGCAGGAACUUAUGUCUCUAUGGCAAACAUCUGUGCUGACAUGGGCCAGUGGGACAAUGUUCUGAAGCUCAGAAGUGAAAUGGCAGGAACUGAAGUGAUAAAGGAACCUGGAUGGAGUUCUUUAUAAGUAAUUGAGCAGAAUCCAAUUCGUACUUUUAUUACACGUGGAUGAAGUUCCAGAAGUGGUCAAGACAUUCAAACUCAGGGAGUUGGACAAUUGCAUGUUUGUAUACUUGGACAAUUGAGCAGAAAAAUUCCAGAUUCAUUUUUACAGAGAAUACCUGCUUCUGUUUUAAAAAUCUUCUGGGCAGUACAUGCUACUUAAAUUACAAGCUAAAAUAAUGGAUGCUGAAUGCAGAUUGAGGUUUUGCAUUGCUUCCAAGUGAUGCUUAGAUAUUUCUGGCAUGUAAGGGUUGGCUAGUUUACAAGUGCUUUGGUCUCCUACUUAACUUACAUUUGAAAGGUGUUUCAACCAAUUGUAAGUUUCAUUAUCUAGUCUAUUAAACUUGCAAACCACAUGCAUCAUGGAUGUUGAAGAUUCUUUCUCAACUGAAUCUGCAAGUUGAAGGCCCCUUUGGGAUGAUCAAUUCAGCGCAUCCAUAGAAAAGUCAAGGGAAGAAACACGAGGAAGAUGUAAAUCCUCCCAUGGAACUUAAAACAUGUCUCUGCUCUUUCUAGGUGCAAUGCAAUGUCACAUCAACUUGAUUGACUUUGCUCAAGUUGUGAUGAGUCUCUCAAGGAAGUUGUGAUGGAUGGCUUGAGGAAAAUCUUGGUGCGGCUAAACAUGUGUAGGAUCUGUUCACAUGUAUCAUGUAUGUAUAGUGUGUGUGGUAGGAUUCUGUUAGAAGAUUUCAUCAUUGCUAAAGAAUAAAUGUUGAAGCCUAACUUCAAAGAGUUCGCUCAGAUUCUAUACUAUUUCUGAAUCUAGUACGAGUGAGGUAGUUACUUUGGGUGAAAUUCAUGCAAUUUUGACAGCUUAAUUUAUUUAGCUUUGACUUUUGUCUGUAAGGAGCUAGUAUGCAGCAUAUUAUAUGGAAACCUUUUGUUUCACUAAA